UAGGAGGCUUGUGGAUAUAAGGCGAUAACAGGCGGCCGAGUGCACUGUACCGUAUGAUAUCACACUCACUGGAGGCGUGUUCCGUAGUUCCCAAGUGGGUUACAUUUAUUGUUUAACCUUUAACGACAGAUAAAUACCGCGAUCCGAACGCAUCGAACGUCGCAAGUGUUUUUCAAGUAUUAUAAUUUCUAAAAUAAUCGCAAGGAAAUGGCUCUAUACAGCAUAAAGAACAACCUGCAGUACGCGACCCUCAAGACUUUGUCGCUGGUGUCAAUCAGCGUCAUGUCCCCACAGCAGAGCGUUCAAGAGCUAUUCAGAACAGCUGAUUGCGUUUGCUUUGAUGUAGAUUCCACAGUCAUUCGGGAUGAAGGCAUUGAUGAGCUCGCAAGGUUUUGCGGGAAAGGAGAGGAGGUCAAACGACUAACGGCCGAAGCGAUGGGCGGCAGCAUGACCUUCCAGGAAGCCUUGAAGAAGAGACUGGACAUCAUCAGGCCCACCGUUUCGCAGAUCAAAGAGUUCCUAGACACGUUCCCCAUACACCUCACACCAGGAAUCACAGAACUAGUAAGAGACCUGCACAACAGAGGAGUCCAGGUGUACCUAGUCUCGGGAGGAUUUAGAAGCUUAAUAGAACCAGUGGCUGAAAAACUUAACAUCCCUAUCUCAAACAUCUUCGCUAAUAGGCUAAAAUUCUACUUCAAUGGUGAAUACGCGGGUUUUGAUGAGAAUGAGCCAACAUCGCGGUCAGGCGGCAAGGGACUGGUCAUCAGAAGACUAAAGGAGCAGUACGGAUACCAGCGGCUGAUUAUGAUCGGUGAUGGAGCCACUGACGCUGAGGCUAGUCCGCCUGCUGACGGUUUCAUUGGUUUCGGAGGCAAUGUAGUGCGUGAAGAAGUCAAGAAAAGAGCAUCGUGGUACGUCACCGACUUUCAAGAACUGAUUAGCACGCUCAAGGUUCAAACCAAGUGAGGGUACGAUUAUAAUAAUUAUAGAGACAAUUCAGAAGCAGUUCAAAACACCAAAUUGUGGGUCUGAACUGCGCACCUAGGGAAAUUUCUAGUAAAAGAAUUAACAGAUUUUCUUAGAUAUUACAGUAUAAUUUGACAAGUUAAUAGAGAAUGUUCUUCAAUAAGUGAAAUUAAACGUUACAGUUAUAAUUAACGAUUUAUAUGGCAUAAAUAAAGCAAGCAGUAAUGGUAAUAUUUUCUAUUACUGGACAUUACCUGUUUCAUGAAUGGAACGGGUACAGAUAAAUAUCUUUAGUUUGUUUUAACAACUGAAACAUAUUCUCUGCUAACUUGUAUUAAAUUAUACACUUUAACAAAUUUUUAAAACCAAAACUAACCUCAUAUAAUUUACUUCCAAUUCACUAUGACUUCAAUACGGACUAAAGUUAUUAUUAGUAUUGAAAAUUGUAAUUGUUCAACGGCUUUGAUGCACAAGCACCAUAUUUCGGUGAUAAGGCUAUCUUGACGUUGUGAUCGUACUUUUAGUACAAAAUUAUACAAAAUUGACGGUAUUCUAAUUAUAUUGAAGUUAUGAGGAAAAGAGCCAAAUAUAGAGAGUUAUUGAGGACAGAAGAGGCAAGACGAUUUGACUCUUAAUAAGACACGACGAAUGGUAGCUAUAAGGAAAGAGACGAAGGGGAAGACCAAGAAGAGCUUCCAUGGAACAGAUUAAAGAGAAGGUGAACGUCGUGUCUCAUAAGGUAGUGAAAGAAUCGGCCUUAGAUAGACAAGAAUGGAGAAUGCUACAUGAUGAUGGCGUAGAUAGACGCUUGUCCUCUAGACUAUUAGGUGUUUUUUUCUAUUGUGUGAGGGAUUAAUAACCCCAUCAAUUCAGAUGCAAGGGUUACUAUUGAGUACUGGCAUGACUCAUAUGUUACUUACAUAUGUAACUAGUAACCGGGGCUACGGCUAACCGACUAUACGGGACCGUUAGGUGAAGUGCAUCUAAUCCGGGAACUGUCUAAACUUAUUUUUUUCUUCUUAUGCAAGACAAGACCGUUUUACUAUGCCUACUGUGAUGCUGAUUCCUGUAGACACCAUCUUCAUUUUAAAUUAAGUAUACCUGUCGUUUUCUUAUCCGCCAAAAAAAGGAACAAUUUUAUGGAACAUUUAGGCAGAAAUUUAAAAAUCCUUCCAAAAUGUUAUAUUGGCAUUAUUGGCCAAUAACCUGACAAAACUAAGUUGACAGCUCACGUCAUGCAUAUGAGCGAGAUGCCGAUUUUAUUCGUCCGGGUGAUUAAUUCAGUUUAAAAUUAACAGUUGUCAAUCAUCCGUCCCUAUCCUUUUCGGUGGAUAAGAAAAUGACAGGCAUAACUUAAAAUAAAAUUAGGAUGUGUCUGCAGGAAUCGGGACCAUAGUCUUAUAAUUCUAAAUUAAUCUGAAAGUGAUGGACUAUUAGGCUGUUUCAUUCUGUCGUGAUGAGGCUGGACCUAACUCACAAUUAUGACAUUUGAUUUUUUUAAAACGCCUAUAUAGCCGAGUUCCAAUUUCGAAGUGUGAGAAAUGUAUUUUUAUAUAAUUAUUGUAUUUAAAAAUAUAGCUAUAACUCUCCCUCGAUGUUUUAAAAUUUUCUGUUUGUAGAAGGAAAUAGGGUUCACUUUGUAUUGGCUUUCAAGCCCUUUGUAAAUAAGUAGUUUGUAAGUUGCUUAAGGUGCUAAUUUGUUGUUGUAAACAAAAUUAUGAUAGAUAUUUUGGAGUAAUUAGUUCUUAUUAGCAGUAGUUGUAAUAGCUAUGUAGUUAGUUCAAUAACAAUUUCUCCAUAUUAUUGUUGUUACUUUUCUAUUAUGUAAAUAGUGGAAAGUAUUAUAUAAAAAAGUAAUAUUUUGUAAUAGUGCAUGUACCUAUAAUAUUUAUUUAUGAUCAAAAAUUAUGACCUAACUGUUAUUUUUAUAAUUGAUGGCAAAAAUGGCUGUGUACUUUUUAUGUAUAAGAAAUAAAGUUAUUUUUAGUUAUAAAACAUUUAA